CCGCGCGCCGCACCGGACGGCCGUAUCGCUGGCCAACAACAAAACUAUUCCCAAAGUAUGUGAUUGUGAACCCCCUAGUGAUUCGUGUAUGUGAUCAAGUGCACAGGUUUGCAGUUCAAAAGUGAUCGGAACGACGUAUCUUGGAUCGGAUCGCAUCGAUACCGUUGUGUCGCGCUCCGAUGACUCGGUUAAUAACUCGUGGAUCUACAGAUUGUAGUGCCUGUGUAAUAGUUGCUAAGAUUUAGCACCGCGGAAAGUUCAAUUACCUUGCACGGAUAAGGGUCAUUCGUUUUUAAAUUAGUUAAAGCAUAACUGUGAUAGGAAUAGAAUGAAUAGAUACUGUAUUUAAUUUAGUUAUAAAAUAGUGAAAUGUUCUCCAGCUAAAAUGGAAAGGAAACUGACUCGCGAGGACUUCAUGCGGAAGAGCUUCCGCUCGCCCAGGGCGUCUCGGACCCCGGAGACCCAAGAACCAGCAGUCAAUGGCGCCCCGCCGCCAUCGCCGGUGUCCCUGGCUAUGCUGGAAAGAACUCCUCCACAAACGCGCACCCAGUACGAAGUGACACCUUCGGGCAUAGCGCCGAAAAAACUGGAAAUCAGCAGAGCUCAUCCCAUCCACCUUAAAUCAUUCCAAGCUCCAGAUCCGCCAGAUGAAAAUGCUCCCACCCCGCCCUCAGACGAAGUGCUACGAAAACUUGAACGGCAGAUUGGAGAGAUGGAACGUGGACUGGAAAGAGCACAGAAUGGAACGGUUGCGGUCGAUGAGAGAGUCAGAUAUGCAGAGCACGAGAAUCUGCUUCGCACAGGCGUUUCGUCUGUAGGUGGAGGAGGCUACCUCGCAGCCGAUUCCGACACAGAACAUGACUCCACACCGUUCAAUAGGAAUGAGACCACUCGGAGCAGUACGGGAGCCGCUACGCCCGUGACGCGUCCGGCGACUAGACUCGCUCGUACUAACUCCGAUACGCAGCAGCACACAGUAGCCACCACUGCUAGGCUCAUGAGGAAGCUAGCUGACGGUGGUACUAAAGAUGAGAAGAUCAAGGUCAUAUCGCGUAAAGCGAUUCACGCUCAAAUGGAGAGGGUGAAGAACUCUGUUGUGGGUUCUAAGAACGAACACAGGGUGCUAGCUGAACACAGGGCUGAGCCGCCAUCGCCUCGGACUCCCACGUCUCCGGUCUCACCGAGGUCUUCCACUCAGAGUCACUCGGACAAGGUGAAGUCGUCUUCGGUGAAGAUGGGCGCGGGCGGCGGAGGCUCGUCGGAGGGCAGCACCCGCGUGUCGUCCCGCUCGCGCGCCUCCGAGGAGCCACACAUCGGAAAGUACAAGUUACUAAAAACGAUCGGCAAAGGCAACUUCGCGAAGGUGAAGCUGGCGAAACACGUGCCCACCGGCAAGGAGGUGGCCAUUAAGAUCAUUGACAAGACGCAGCUCAACCCUGGGUCACUGCAGAAACUCUUCAGAGAGGUGCGGAUAAUGAAGAUGCUCGACCACCCGAACAUCGUCAAGCUGUUCCAGGUGAUCGAGACGGAGAAAACUCUGUAUCUUGUUAUGGAGUACGCGUCGGGGGGAGAGGUGUUCGACUACCUGGUCCUCCACGGGCGCAUGAAGGAAAAGGAGGCGCGUGCCAAGUUCCGGCAGAUCGUCUCCGCGGUGCAGUACUGCCACCAGAAGCGAAUCAUACACAGGGAUCUCAAAGCGGAAAACCUUCUGCUAGACGGCGAAAUGAAUAUCAAGAUAGCCGACUUUGGGUUCUCCAACGAGUUCACGCCGGGCGCCAAGCUCGACACCUUCUGCGGGAGCCCUCCGUACGCGGCGCCGGAGUUGUUCCAAGGCAAGAAAUACGACGGCCCUGAGGUGGACGUGUGGUCACUGGGCGUGAUCCUAUACACGCUGGUCUCGGGUUCGCUGCCGUUCGACGGCUCUACGCUGCGGGAGCUUCGUGAGCGAGUGCUACGGGGAAAGUACAGAAUACCAUUCUACAUGUCGACCGAUUGCGAGAACUUGUUGAAAAAGUUCCUAGUAUUGAACCCGGCUAAACGCGCCUCGCUUGAAAGCAUCAUGCGGGAUAAAUGGAUGAACACGGGCUAUGAGGAGGACGAACUGCGGCCUUACAUAGAACCGCAGCAGGACUUCAAAGAUCACAAGCGGAUAGAGGCGCUGGUGUGCCUCGGCUACAACCGGCAAGAGAUCGAGUACUCGCUAGCCGAGGCCAAGUAUGACGACGUGUUCGCUACGUACCUACUGCUCGGCAGGAAGAGCACGGAUCCGGAGUCGGACGGAAGCCGGUCGGGCUCGUCGCUGUCGCUGCGCACCGCUGCCGCGCCGCCGCACGCGCCACCGCCCAGCGCAGUGGGCACGACGACCAGUGCGGCCAAUAACACCACGUCCACGUCUACCACGACCACGUCCAAUUUUAAAAGACAGAACACAAUCGACUCAGCCUCUAUCAAAGAGAAUACGGCACGGAUCGCCCAAAUGCAGGUGGCCAGUGGAGGGCGGCCAACGAGCGCGGCGCCCAAGCUCGAAGGGCGCACGCGCAGCGUCACGGGCGCCGCCCACCGCACCGCCUACCCGCCCAAGGAACCCGCCCACAACGCGCCCAGCUUAAACUCGAGCACGACGACGGGCGCGACGGCGGCGGCGACGGCGGCGGCGCGGCGGGACUUCCCCAACAACCAGAUGGUGUUCCCCAGGAAUGUGCCCUCCCGGUCCACCUUCCACUCAGCGACGGCGGCCGCGCGGCGGGACUUGCCCAACAACCAGAUGGUGUUCCCCAGGAAUGUACCCUCCCGGUCCACCUUCCACUCAGGUCAAACCCGGUCGCGGGGCGCGUCGGCGGGCGGCGCGUACGGCGACGGCGGCUCGCCACACCAGGCGCGGCCAUCUUUCUUCUCCAAGCUCUCCUCGAGGUUCAGCAAACGCCUUUCCGUGUUGGGUGAGGCGGGCGGACGUCAGAAGCCCCGCAUAUUUUCCUCCCUGGAUAUACAAAGGAGGCCAUUGGAGGGCACCACCCCGAAGCAUGCCGUAGGAGCUAGCCCACAACCCCUCCUUGGGCAGGGCAAUGAGGAGCAGGUGAAACCGCGGGUACUGAGGUUCACCUGGAGCAUGAAGACUACCUCCUCGCGGGAUCCCAACGAGAUUAUGGCUGAGAUUAGGAAGGUGCUAGACGCAAACAACUGCGACUACGAGCAGCGGGAGCGGUUCCUUCUUCUGUGCGUGCACGGAGACCCUAACGCCGACUCGCUGGUGCAGUGGGAGAUCGAGGUGUGCAAGCUGCCGCGCCUGUCGCUCAACGGCGUGCGGUUCAAGAGGAUAUCCGGCACAAGCAUCGGCUUCAAGAACAUUGCGUCUAAGAUCGCGAACGAGCUCAAGCUGUGACUGCCCGGGACCGUCCCGCGCCGCCGCCGCCGCCGCCCGCCGCCGCCGUCCGGCGACGAGCGGGACACGCCGCCGCCGCCGCCGCCGCCGCCGCCGCCGCGGUCCGACUCGCUGCGACUAUCCGCAGAAGACAUGGUCCUCGUCGCCAACGGAGGUAUGCGGACACCGUCCGGCGCACUCGCCCACUUCCUAGCGGCGUAUACGCCGACCGAACUCUCUUUAGCGCGCUCCGACUAUCUACGACCGCCCGUUUCUCCCGCGAGAAACUUCCUACCGAUCCCACAGCCUCGGUCAUCGCUGUCCCUACGGGCGGAGAGCGCGGAUAUAGACGACUCAAGAUCGCGCACGCUACGACCGGCCAUGCAGCAUCAAUCGUACUCGGUCAGCGUACACACGUUGCGGCGGCAGGCGCGCACCCGGUCCCCUCCUUGCGAUUGUCUACCCACUGACCCCAUCCCCCCUCCUGAGCUCUUCGACUUCUAAGCGGCGGCGUUUGAGGGUGUUUUGACGUCACACUUCUGCUUCACCUGUCAUUAAAGUAAUAUACAGGCUGUCCCAAAGUCUAGCUAGUCUAGCUCUGAUGUAAUAACGUGCUAAUUUUGGGACAACCUGUAUGUCUUUGUCAUAAAGCGAAGGCAUAGACGAUGUAACGUUUCACGUUAUUGUAUUUCUCGAUGACACACGCCUGCAUCAAGGCAAGUUUAUGAAAAAGUCUUGAUCAAUUUUUUAACGUAAUGAUGCGUUAAUAUUACAGCAUUAACAAAGUAAUGUAGCCAGUUACAAGGCACAAUUUGGAAUGCAGGUGGAGCAGAAAUAUUAAGACGAGUUUCAAUGCGCUAUAAAUAGGGAAUUGAGACAGCUGUAAGCCCAUCCCGCUCUUACGUAUAAUAAGCAAGGGAGAGGAACUUACAGCUGUCUCAAUUCUAAAUACUUGCGCGACUUGUAUGUACACAAUGUUUUUGAACGUAUCUAGUGAUUACAUUGUAAAGUUUUGCUGCUAGAGAUGUUUACGAAUAUUGCAUAAAAUACUUGCAAAACUUACCUUAGUAAAAAAAACAUAAGGUUGAUAUUUAAAAGUAAGUUCAAAGUUGAAAAUAAAAAACGAGUAAUUGUUAAGCUUAUGGGAAUCUUUCGAAUUUCAAAUUUGAAAAUCGAAUGAUCGAUUUAAUCGAUUACGAUAAACACGACUUUAUCCGAACGCGAUGUAGUGAUGGGCCGAUCGAAAGAUCGCGUCAUUCGAUUUUUAAAUAGUUUUACUGUUGUCGAACACGACCUCGACCAGUCUCUCAGUGGGUCUGUCCACUAUGCAAAUAAAUCGAUUAAUCUGUGACUUAAGAGUUUUAUUUAUAGUGUCGAUAGUGUAGUGUUGGGACAUUCGCAGAAGGUUUCAAUGUGCCAAUCGGAGAUAUCCAGCGUGAGGCGUGCUCACAGCGACCAUGAUCUUGAGACCGGAUGUUUAUUUAAUAGUAAACUUUAAAUGAAUUAGUUAAAGAUUUUUAUCGUGAACCCGCUCUCAAUUUACGCCACUUGUAAUAUAAUUUUACUUAUCAUGAAUUUGUAUUUUUUUCUCUGUAGAUAAGUCGACUGGCAGGCGGUGCGCGCGGGUUGUUCCGAUAUUUUUUAUUGUUUUUAAUUUAUAUCAAUUAUUUUCUUGGCACGUUUUAAAUCGUUUUGAUGGGUUUCUUUUGAAAAGACAUUGUCGCCGCACCGCCGCCAGUCUUGUGCUAUGCUUACUACCGCGUACAGUACGUAUUUUUAAUCAUAUUGUAAUAAUGUACAAAGUGAGUUUGCGCUCAAGAGAUACAAUUUAGUGUUAGUUGUUUAAUUAUAAUUUUUUUCCAAUUAUAAUGACAAAUAUAAAUAUACAAAAAAAAACAUAUGUGGCUGUCGUCGAAUAGCGAUAAAUGUUCAUAAUAUAUCGAUAGUGUAUCGCGUCACGCGGUUGUCUCGCGGUCGCCAGCGCAGAACUCUUUCUAAUUGUAAGGCUGAAAUUAGAAAGAAAGUGUCAAAGCGUCGUUCUCAUUCUGUAACUUUACACAACAUAGAUGCAUCAUAGUCUAUACUUACACUACUGAAAUUUUAGGUGUGUAUUGUAUUUGUGAUAAAAGUAUUAUGAACUUUGUAGUUAUAGCAAUAAUGUUCAUUAUUCGUCGUGUCAAAAUGUAAGUUUUUCAGUUGAAUGCAUUGUACUCAGCCUUCGGUUUGGUGAUUAACACAGUUUCGUUUUCGUGAUUUGGUGUGAUGCUUUCCUUUUCUAUCGUGUGAGAUGUUCGCAUACUUACUAGGUGAUAAAUAUAUUAAAUAAAUAGUAUGUACGUCUGUAUGUGUAAGCUGUGCGGCGAUCGCGUUUUUUCUAUAAUAUAAUUAAGUGUAGUGUUAUACUUUUACAUGAAAUCACAAAUAAGACAUCUUUUUGAGUGAAAGCCGCGCCGCCAAAGUGUUUUAAUCGCAUGUAAUGUUUUGACAGAAAAUUAGUUGUCGAUGUCGAUAAAGGAACGUGUACAACACUACUGUUGUUUUCUAUGAAAUAUUAUUGUGUAAUAAAUUUUUUAGAUCAUUA